AUGUUACACCAUCACUGUCGGAGAAACCCUGAACUACAGGAAGAGUUGCAGAUUCAGGCUGCAGUUGCUGCUGGCGAUGUUCACACCGUGCGCAAGAUGCUGGAGCAGGGAUAUUCUCCAAAUGGUCGAGAUGCCAAUGGUUGGACUUUGCUUCAUUUCUCUGCAGCAAGAGGGAACGAGAGAUGUGUCCGUGUUUUUCUUGAACAUGGAGCUGAUCCCACAGUUAAGGACUUAAUUGGAGGCUUCACUGCUCUACAUUAUGCAGCCAUGCAUGGCCGAGCGAGGAUUGCACGCUUGAUGUUGGAAUCUGAAUAUAGAAGUGACAUUAUUAAUGCAAAGAGCAACGAUGGUUGGACUCCCCUGCAUGUAGCAGCUCACUAUGGCAGAGACUCAUUUGUCAGGCUCCUGUUGGAGUUCAAGGCUGAGGUUGAUCCGCUCAGUGAUAAAGGUACAACGCCGCUUCAGCUGGCCAUUAUCCGAGAGAGGUCAAGCUGUGUGAAAAUCCUGCUGGAUCACAAUGCCAACAUCGACAUUCAAAAUGGUUUCCUGUUACGAUACGCUGUGAUCAAAAGCAAUCACUCUUACUGCCGAAUGUUCCUUCAGAGAGGGGCGGAUACAAACUUGGGUCGCUUGGAAGAUGGACAGACACCCUUACACUUGUCUGCUCUUAGAGAUGAUGUGCUUUGUGCACAAAUGUUGUAUAAUUACGGAGCAGACACUAACACAAGGAACUAUGAAGGACAGACCCCACUGGCUGUUUCAAUAAGUAUUUCUGGAAGUAGCCGACCCUGUCUGGAUUUCUUACAAGAAGUGACAAGUAUGUAUGUAAGAGAAGUUAAUCACAGGACACAGUGUCCUCUAAAAGCCUUCUUUGAAUUUAGCCCCAGAAAAAUAUGCUUCCUCUCUGCCCCUUGAUGCUAUUUAAAUGCACUAGAAAGUUUCUGGGAAGGUGAAGGGAUUGUGAUACUGGGAAUCUCUUACUCGGUAAAGGUGCUAAUGUUAAGUAUAUUUCUUUUAAGUUAAUUUUGUUUAAGUAUCUCCAGGAAGCAUUAACUUUAAAACAGUGAACUGUAAAAAUCUCAUUUUAUUAAUGAC